UUCUGCUCCAAUCGACUAUUACUAAUUUUCAAAUUCUAUUUUAUAUUUUGCACAAUGAUGAAGGGCGGUUUGGCGCAAGUGGCGCGCUCACUCAAAGUCACUGAAAUCUCGUCAAAGAUUUUUGGCAACUCAUUCAACCCGACAGGCGCGCGCACAGGAAACUACAUUCUCAGACAAAACUUUCGCGGCGAGCACAUGGUUCGGUACUACCCGUCACAGCUGGAGCGCGAUUUGAUUAAGGUGCCCCGUCUCAGCAGACUGGUUGGAGAAAAGAUGUAUGAUCCUGAGGAGAUUGAUCGCCUCAACGUCAAUGAUAAGCGGAAGGCUCGCGGAAAGGGCGCCCCCAAGAAGGGUGAAGGCAAGCGUGCUACUCUGGCCAAGAAGAAGAAGAAGUGAUCCAUUGCUAGGGCGCGUUAUGUAUUUAGACAUAGCUUUGUUGAUGUAUUCUGGAAACAAGACAAUUGAUAAAUUUAUUUAGGGAACUAUCCGAGAACAAGUUUAAAGCAAUAUCAAUGCGGCUCUGAGUCAUACCGAAAUACCCAUAUACUCUUAAAGUCACGUUAACAAUGACAAACACGUUUUAGGGGGGCUUUUUCAAAAAUUAUUUUUUGCACAGA